AUGAAUGAUGAAACGGUCAAAGUCGAUUCGAAGACCAAGGCAUUACUCGACGAAUACAAAAAGAAGAAACGUCAUGAACUAGCUAAGCGAGCUGCGAAUGAUACAACGGCAUUCAAAUUUAUCUACGAAGAAGAUGACGACGACGAAGAUGGAAAGAAAUCGAACAGUACCAAUCCAGAUGGAAAAAAAAAAUCCGGUGAAGAAGGUGAAAUCGAAGAAGAAGAAGAUGACUACAUCGACGAUGCCACGCGUCGCGAAGAUCAUACAAUUAAGUUAUCACUCGAAACGAUUAUGCGGGAGUAUUCGCGCGAAAUGAAUCAACGUGCAUUAGAAGCAAAAGAACUGGCUGAACGUGAAGCAGCCGCUGCUGCUGCAGCUGGGCCUCCGAUGUCACAAGCACCCGCGUCAGUCGGCCCAACAGGAGAUCUAUCGGCAGCAAACGCUGGUUCUCCCAGCACGCGACGAUCUGACAGUGGGGUUGCCGGUGACGAUGAAGAAGGCAAACGAAGUUUGAUCAAUAAUGAAAUCCUCAUGUUUCGUGAUCGGUUCAAAGAUGAAGAUACCAAAAUGCGUAACACAGAAAAAGAACGCAAAGAUCGUUAUGAACGUGAACGUGCGUUACAACGUGAGAAACGUGCAGCUGAAGAAUCUGCUUCGAGUGGCAAUCAUAAAUCGUCCGUUUCACCGCCGUCUUCACGUGAUCGUUCAUCACCCAAACAUGAACGUAGUGGUACAAGUCGACGUGAUCGAUCUUCACCUAGUGAUGACCGAUAUCGUGGUUCAUCAUCACGAAGCAAUACAAGUAAUUCUGUACGUAAUCGAGCAAGUGACCGACGUAGUCCACCGUCAUCGUCGCGAUAUGAUCGUCGUUCACCGCCUUCUUCAUCGCGUUACAAUCGUCAUCGUUCUCGAACAAAAUCACCUGUAUCUAAAAGCUAUCCUGCCGAUGAAGACGAUGAGGAUAUUCAGGAGAAAAAGAAAGCCGAUCGACGCCUACGAGAAAAAGAAAGUCGUUAUCGAGAUCGACUGAAAACCUGGGAACAACGUGAACGAAAGAAACAAAACGAUUAUAAAAUGGAAAAACGUCGUGAACAAGCUCGAUUACAUGAUGAAGAAAAAGAAGGCAAACGUCUAUUAGCAUUCUUCGAAGAUUACAACGAUGAAAAUGACGAUCCAAAAUAUUACAAUGAAUCAUCGUUGGCUCGCCGUUUGAAAGAUCGCGAACAUGAAAUCGAUCUUGACAAUCGUGAUCGCCGUCAUGAAAAAGAAGAAAUCGAAGAGCUUCGUCAGAAACUGUUACUUCAAGGUAAUAUUGACGAUGUCGAUGCGGAAAUUAAACGACGUUUGGAAAAAGAAGAAGAAUCAAUCCGGAAAAGUUUAGCCGAUCUAACGCGUGCAAGUGAUGAAUCAGGAGAUGAAUUAGAUAACGAUGAACAAUCAACCAAUCAUCGGAAGGAUAGUAGCAGUGCUGCACCUGUUGAAUCAGCAAAUACAAGCACUGGAAGUAUUGAACAAGCAUCACGACAAGCUAGUUCCCCUCAAAUCGAAACAAAAGCUAGUCCUCGUCAAACAUCAGCACUUGGUGGUGCACCAAUCACCGGCACGAAAAUACCAUCAAAACGCAAGCUCGCUGUUAAUGACGCUUUUCGUGAUGACCAAGAUGACGAUAGUGCGAAUACAUAUCAGAAAAAAUCAAAAUUAUCAGCGAUUCCUGAUCAGCAAUCUGCACCAAUAGCACAAAACUCUCCCAAUAUGAAAGACGAUUCGUCAAAUCGCACAUCAGCUGGCAAGGCGACCGCUGUGACGCCAACAAAUAAUGCCAAUUCUGCUCAAGCACAAGAAGAAAAACGACAGGCUGUUCGAAAGCUAAUCGAAAGUAUUCCAACGAAGAAAGAAGAUUUGUUCACCUUUCCAUUGGAUUGGUCACUUCUUGAUUCGAAUCUCAUGGAAAAACGCAUCAAGCCAUGGGUUACGAAGAAAAUUGUUGAAUAUAUUGGAGAGGAGGAAGCCACGUUAACAGAUUUUAUUUGUUCAUCCAUCAUGUCGAAGAAGAGUGCUGAAGCGAUUCUAGCUGAUAUACGUGUUGUACUCGACGAUGAAGCAGAAGUGUUUGUUGUGAAAAUGUGGCGGUUAAUCGUCUAUGAAAUCGAAGCUAAACGACAAGGACUCAGCAAAUAG